AAGGGGUCAGCUAAACUGGGGCAUCCUGAGAAAUCUGGGGCCCAGGACAGGAGGGGAAACAAAAGAUGGAAGAAUGUGGAUCCUUGACGUCACUGUCACCACCCCUGGAAAAGUUCUGCAAGAGUGUCAGUGAGGACCACAAGGAACCGGGACUGGUUCCUUCCUAGGACUAGCAGCCAGGGCCGGGGUGCACUGACUUGCUGCAGGGCUGGAGAGGUGAGGGGCAGAGCUCCAUCUCUCACUUGGAGCUUCUUGGGGCUCCAGCUGAUUUUCAGCUCUCCAGGGCUGCCUUCUCAGUCUCAAGGUUAAAGAAAAGAAGGUAGAACGUGUUCAAACACCAGCAUCGCAAAACGAGAGAGAAUAAAAAGAAAAGUCCGGGUGGAUAUUAUCUCUGGACUGAGAUGGCUGGAGAAGCCUCGGCUAAGCCAGGAGAAAGACAGGUCACCAUCCAGAGGGCAGGAUGGAAAAUGCCCACCCUCCUCACGUUGUUGCUCUUGCAAGCUGCAAAUGCACUGAAAGGCCCGAGGCUGGUGUCUGGGAGGCCUGGGGGAGCUGUCACCAUCCGUUGCCACUACAGCCCCUUGUCCAUCAACAAGCAUGUGCGGAAGUACUGGUGCCGCAUAAGCCCGGUGACACGGGUUUGCCACACCGUCGUGUCCACCACCAACUACACUCACCUCGGCUACCGCGGCCGCGUGGCCCUAGUAGACUACCCGCGGUGCGGCUUGUUUGUGGUGACGCUGUCUCAGCUGUCCCCGGAAGACGUGGGGCGCUAUCGCUGUGGCAUUGGCAACAGAAACAACGUGUUCUUCUUCAGCAUGAAUCUGACCGUCUCCACAGAUCCUUCCAGCACCAGCCCCUCAGCUACUCUGGCUACAGGUGAGUGCGUCAUGAGAUCCUCUGAAACGGCAUCACCAGCACCCAACAGACAGACCUCAGGAGCCACCCAGACUGUAGAAGGACAGGGGACAGGAUGGGACAGAGUUGCUCUGCCUCCAGGAACCAACAAAACAAGAGCAUCAGCUGAGGGAAGGCAGACCCCAGGGACAACUGAGGCAGUAGCUGUAGGGACAGCCAGCCAGGGAGAGGGCUCUGUCUGGACAACAGUCCCCAUUCCAGAGAGUCUGCCUUCAACAAUCCAAGGCAUAUCCGGUACGACAGAAGGUAUUUGGGUGUGGGACACCAGAGGCUCAGUAGCAAAUACAGCUAGGCCCAGCGAGGCAGGGAGGGAGACAGCUACUGAGGCCGGUGGACCAUCAGAAGAAACAGACUGGGUCAGAACAGCUCUGGAUGUCACUGGGAAGGUCCCAGGGACCGGUAGGCCAUCGACUCUGGUCUCAGGAAAAUGGGUGCAGGAAAUCCUGUCAGAAACAGUGACAGCUGCGGCUCAGCCACAAGCCCUGGGCUCCAAUGAAGGAAGCACCCCAGCUGCGAGUGUGUGGACCCCAGGACCUACCAGCAUAGAGAUGGCGUCUGAGCAGGAAGCCACCAAAGGGGACCUAGACAUGCCUGUUGGAGACAGCGAUCCCCAAGCCACACCAAGCCAGGCCCCAGCUGCUGGGUCCGUGAUGCCCAUGGGCAAGAGGUCCUCCAUGAUGAGCGCUUCUCCGGGAGAGAAAAACAUCUCUUGGAUCCUGAUUCCCGUUUCCACGGUGCUGUGCCCCCUGACCCUUGUGGCUUUUGGCCUAUUGCAAAAGAAGCUCUGGACAAAGCAGAUGACUCAGGAGACAGAGAGGGCAGCAGCGGUCACCUUGAUUCAGAUGACAUAUCUCCUGGAACCGAGCCUGCAGCCAGACCAGCUGCCCCACAUGGAAAGGAACAUGCUCCGGGAUGACUGUCCUCCCCAGAUCUGUUAGCCAGCUGUCUGAACUUUAUGUCUGGGCAAAGCAGCCUUUGAGCAAUGGGAGAGAAAGAAA